AUUUAAAAGAAGGGUGAGUAAUUGAAAGAAGGAUGGAUAUGAGUAACAUGUGAGAGCAAGAGAUGUUCAACUCUAUUUAAUUUUAACCUUAAAAAUAAAACCACCAUUCCCUAGUCCUGAAAUUAAGAACAGGACAUUAUAUGAGUUGCAGACAGCAGGUGCAGUGCAGGUCCUUGUGCUUUGUCCGAGCCGCAGCAAGACCUUCAGUUUCACUGGAUUAUUGUUCCCCAGCUUUCACCCAAGAGCAGCCCAAUGCUGCUAUUCAUCUCCACUUAUAUUACUAAAGAAAGCAGAAGAUGACUCUAUACCUCAUUUUCCAAACCUUUCAUGGACCCCGAAUAAAGCAAACCUUCAAAUCCAUUCCAACCCAGUUCUAUUUUCAAAUCCACACUCACCAUCCUCUCUCUAAAACUCAUGCCAUUGCCUUAAAUCCUCAGGCUUCUUUCUUGGACAUUAAACGCCCAGUCGUACACCACACGUUCGAUUUAAGUCCCCAACAAGGCUCUCUACAGUGCAAUCACUUUCUUUUUGAGUCGUCUCGUAAUAAUUCACACCCUGAUGUUGUCAAUCUCUUCCUGGGUAUUCAUCGUUCGGGGUUUUCCAUUGAUGGGUCAACCCUUUCUUGUGUUCUGAAAGCUUGUGCAUGCUUAUUUGAUGAAAAUGUUGGGAAUCAAGUGCAUAAUUAUUGCGUAAAAUCUGGUUUUUUUGAGGAUGUCAGUGUUGGUACUUCUCUCGUUGACAUGUAUUUCAAGAAUGGGAGUGUUGAAGAAGGGAGGAGAGUUUUUGAUGAAAUGGGAGUGAGGAAUGUGGUGUCAUGGACCUCUUUGCUUGCAGGUUACGCACAGAAUGGAUUGAGUGUUGAGGCAUUGAAUUGCUUUUUUAGAAUGCAAACAGAGGGGAUUAAGCCUAAUCCAUUCACAUUUGCGACUGUUCUUGGAGCUUUGGCGGAUAAAGCUAUAGUUGAGAAGGGAGUUCAAGUUCACACAAUGGUAAUAAAGAACGGGUUUGACACAAGUAUAUAUGUUUGUAAUUCGUUGAUUAAUAUGUACUCAAAGUCAGGAAUGGUUAGAGAUGCUAGAGCUGUUUUUGACAGUAUGGUGGAUAGGAAUGAUGUUAGUUGGAACACUAUGGUUGCUGGUUACGUAACAAAUGGACUUCAUUUGGAAGCUUUUGAGAUGUUUUACUAUCUGAGACUUGGUGGAGUAAAACUCACCAGUAUGAUUUUUGCCUCUAUAAUUAAAUCAUGUGCUAAUAUCGAGGAAUUGGGUUUUGCUAGGCAGCUACAGUGUCAGGCAUUGAAGGGAGGGUUUGAAUUUGCUCUCAAUGUUAGAACAGCGCUGAUGGUAGCUUACAGCAAGUGCAAAGAUAUGGAUGCUGCUUUUAAGAUAUUUUCAACGAUGCAUGGAAUCCGAAAUGUGGUUUCAUGGACGGCCAUGAUUGGUGGGUACUUGCAGAACGGUACAGCGGAGCAAGCUGUGCAUCUAUUUUGUCAAAUGAGUAGGGAAGGUAUUAGACCAAAUGAUUAUACUAUUUCUACUAUUCUCGCAGCUCAACCCGUUAUUUCCCCUUUUGAAGUACAUGCUCAAGCCAUCAAAAGUAACUAUGAGAAGUCACCUUCAGUUGGAACUGCACUUUUAGAUGCUUAUGUCAUGCUAGGAAAUAUUGUUGGAGCUUCAAAAGUCUUUGAAAGAAUAGAUGAGAAGGACAUCGUGGCAUGGUCAGCAAUGGUAGCUGGAUAUGCUCAAAUGGGAGACACUGAAGGAUCUGUUAAGAUAUUCAUCCAAAUGGUAAAGGAUGGGGUUGAACCUAAUGAGUAUACUUUCUCUAGUGUAAUAAAUGCAUGUUGUUCCCCUACAGCAGCUGUAGAACAAGGAAAACAGCUACAUGCCUGGUCAAUUAAGUUGAGGUUUAAUGAUGCUUUAUGUGUUAGCAGUUCUCUUGUCACCAUGUAUGCAAAGAGAGGGGACAUUGAUAGCGCAAAUGAAGUUUUCAAAAGACAAAGGGUGAGAGAUUUAGUUUCUUGGAAUUCAAUGGUAUCUGGAUAUGCACAGCAUGGCAAUGGGAGGAAGUCUCUUGAGGUAUUCAAGGAUAUGCAAAAGCAAAACUUGGAAAUAGAUGGCGUAACAUUCAUUGGUGUCAUUUCUGCUUGCACACAUGCUGGAUUAGUGGAUGAAGGUCAAAGAUACUUCAACAUGAUGGUGAAAGAUCACCACAUUGAGCCAACAAUGGAGCACUAUUCUUGCAUGGUUGAUCUAUAUAGUCGGGCUGGAAUGCUUGGAAAAGCCAUGGAUAUCAUAAAUGCAAUGCCAUUUCCUGCAGGUGCAACUGUGUGGCGAACUCUCCUGGCAGCUUCCUGUGUUCACCGCAAUCUAGAGUUGGGAAAGCUUGCGGCAGAAAAGCUCAUCUCUCUCCAGCCACAAGAUUCAGCUGCAUAUGUUCUACUCUCCAACAUAUACGCUGCGGCAGGAAACUGGAAAGAAAAAAACAAAAUAAGGAAAUUGAUGGAUGAAAGAAAAGUGAAAAAAGAAGCUGGGUACAGCUGGAUUGAGGUAAAAAAGAAGACCUACUCAUUUUUGGCUGGUGAUGUUUCUCAUCCCAUGUCAGAUGAAAUUUAUUCAAAACUAGCAGAACUAAGUACCCGAUUGAAGGAUGCUGGUUACCAGCCUGAUACCAAUUAUGUGCUUCAGGAUGUCGAUGAGGAACACAAGGAAACAAUUCUUUCUCAACACAGUGAGAGGCUGGCUAUUGCUUUUGGAUUAAUUACCACAACUGCAGGAACUCCACUCCAGAUUGUGAAGAACCUAAGAGUCUGUGGAGACUGCCACACAGUUAUUAAGUUAAUAUCAAUGAUUGAAGAGAGAUAUAUUGUAGUCAGGGAUUCAAACCGCUUCCAUCAUUUUAAGAAAGGAUUGUGCUCUUGUGGAGAUUAUUGGUGAGGGCUCCAUGGUUUGUGCAUUUAAUUUGGAAACCUCCAAUGGAGAGCCGAGGAUAACUUCACCAUCUUUAGUAUGAGGAUUCAUAUCAUGCUCGUCUGCCGCAAUGACUGGAGAACCCAGAGUGAUGCAAUGAUUUGAAUCUUCCAUCCAUAACUUUAUGGGAAAGACUGAAUCACCAUGACACAUGUUUGUUUGGGUAGGAUUCUUGCAAUGAGAAUGAAUGUGUUGGAUUUUCACAUCAGAAGAGUAGCUUAAAUCAAGUUUGAAAGAUACAGUUGGAUGAUAACAUCAGCAGACAGGUAAAUGUUUUUGACAAUCGGAACCUUAUAAGAAUACAAUUUUGUAAACCACAUUGAAUAACUUUUGAGAUUGGUAAUUCCGGAAAAGAUAAAUACUUCACAUUUUCCCUCUCCUAAUACGUUUUCUGGUUGAAACCUUUCCAUUUCUUGUAUACAUUGUGCCUUUGAUUUGUGCCUUCUAUAAAAGAAAUGCUUUGCACUUACAAGAUAUACAUGGAGUUUUUUUCCCUUUUUUUUCUUUUGAGGAGAUUGCUAGAAGAGUGAGAAGGCAUGGAGCAUAAGAUUUCGGUUUCUAGGAUAUGAAGAUCUCUGCAGAAGCUGCAACAAGUGUUGCAUUUUCACUAGCACGGAAAGUUCCAAUCAAGGUUUUGGUUUCAAGACAAACAGGCUGAAGAGGGAAGCGGAAAUCAAUACCAUAAAGGAGCUUUUGACAUUAAAAAAGUCUAUCCAGCUUGGCUUCAAUAUCAUUCAUGACUUGUAUUGUAAUCCAGCCUAGAACGCCUUUUCCUAGCUUCCCUGCUAGCAAGAUACAGACGGUGAAACCAAAGGAAUGCUAAACUAUGGGGAAAAGUAAAUGGUAUUCUCUAGGUGAAAAAAAUGUCAGCAUCAGCAGUCCAGCACACAGAUUAAGCCAAUAAAGAUGGUAAAUCAGGAACUUGGUAGAAAGCAUCCAGUGCUGUGUUUAGCUUUCCAAAUAAUUUCACAGUAACUGCCAACAAUCGAGGUAUGUGACCUGUGACUGAUGCAGUGUUGGUUCUAUGGUCAUUACUGUUUCAAGCAUACUGCCUGAAAAUAAGCUAUGCUGAAGGAUUCAAGUGGUCUGUAUGGUUGAGAUGGACGCCUGCGUUUGUCCGCAGAUCACAAAUCAAUUUGACAUUGUUGACCUGUACAUUGUUGAACUAGUGCAUAAUAAGCCUCAUGGAGUUCCCAUUCACCGUCUCGCUUCCCGAAUGCUAACCGUACUGCAUACUGCUUAAAGCAAACUUCAUUCCUGAAGAAGCCUCGUAAGAUCCGAGUUAAUCCAAUUGGAAGUGCAAAAAGCUCCAUGGUGAAGAUGUUGAUUCAAGCCAGGACUUGGUAAGGAGUUCCUGAUCGUUUGAGUUUCAGGUUUAUUAGCUAUGGUCAAAAGGUCAAAGAGCUCUAAAUUUACCACACCACAUCACAAUUUAUAUUAAAAUUUUAUAGCAGUUAUUGAACCUUGAUUUUAUUUCAGUAAGAUAUCAAUGUUAAAUUUGAUGGGAGUUUAUUUUUAAAAAAGACAAAUUUGAGUACCUUCCUUGAUUCAAUACAACAUUUAAGACAAACAGAAAUUGGAUAAUUCUGAGUAAAAAAUCCACAACACAACCAAGAAUCACUUGAACAUACAAGAAAUCACCUGGCUUGCAUGUUCAAUUACAACUAGGAUCGAGUGAAAACCAAAACUUGAGUACUAAAUAUAUACAAGUCAAGUUGAGAGAGAGAGAGAGAGAGAGAGAGAGAGAC